CACAUGCACAUCCAAUCAUCUUAGAUCAUCCCAUCCUUCGUCUCUCGAUCUCUAGCUCGAUGUCUGAUCUCUCCGGCCAUAUAUAUGAUCCAUUUGUUCCUUCCUUACUCCAAAUGCUCCAGGCUCCAGUAUAAAUGUCACUGACACUGAGUGAGCGAGUGAGUACACUACUCAUGCAUGACACUAUCCUAAUUAGCUUUAGCUAGCUAGAUUGACGAGGCCGAUCGAAUUAGCAUACGAUCAUGAUGAGUUUCCCGUACAGCUCCGGCGACCUCGGCGAGGCCACCACCGCCGCCGCCGCCGCCGUUGACAUGAUCACGCUCGACCAGAUGUUCAGAGACUAUGAUGCCUCCACCGGCGACGAUCUCUUCGAGUUGGUCUGGGAAAGCUGCGGCGGCGGCGAGAUCGACAGCGGCGCCGGAGAGGUGCAGCCUGCUGGUGUUCCCUGCUGCCGUCGAUUGCUGCCGGGAUCGUCGCCGGAGCCGACCUCCGAGGACGAGAUGGCGGCGUGGCUCUCCACGAUUGUCACCGGCUCUGGCGGCGGCGGCGGCGACGACGUGGCUGCCGGCGGAGACCAUCAAGAUCCGGCGGUGAAGAAGCCCGACGGCGAGCCGUUGACGGAGAAGAUGGAUAAGAAGCUCCCAACAAGAACGGAAGAGAGGCGGCGCGUCAAGCACAAAGCAAGAAGAAAUCCUGGAUACGCAGAAACACACGGCUUAACAGAGAAGAGACGAAGGAGCAGGAUAAAUGAGAAGUUCAAGAUGCUUCAGCGGCUCGUUCCAGGGUGCGAUAAGUGUAGCCAAUCCUCGACGCUGGACCGGACAAUCCAUUACAUGAAGUCACUGCAGCAGCAACUUCAGGCAAUGUAUCCGACGAUGGUGAGACCAGCAGCAGUGUACCCCGUCGUGCAGCCACCGCCGGCGUUCGCCGCCGGCGGACCGCCGGCGGCGUCACAAGGCGGCCUCCACCGCCAUCGCCGGCUGAUGGUGGUGGUCUCCGUCCACCACCGGUGCCGGUGUUUCCGUUUGGGGCGCCAGUGAUUCCGUUGGUGACGAUGAUGAUGCCUGCGGCGGCGGCGCCUCCAUGGAUCUAUCCUUCGUCGUCCACCGGCGAUCACCAUCUUCUUCAGGGCUCAAGCAGUAAUGGCAGCAUAGCUACGAUCACGAGCAGCCGUCAUCGCCGGUAGCCGGCCGGCCGGCCGUCGCCGGCUAGAGCUGCCGGUUAGCAGGGCCGGCCCUGGCACUAUGCAGCCGAGGCGACCGUCGGGGGCCAUGAUGACGGGGGCCAUAAUGGUGGGGGUGCCAACACCUAAUCCUAGUAAUCUAGUACCUCAUCCAAUGUUGAGAUCAAUGAUUUUUAUUCGGAAUUAAAGGUGUUGCAAGUGAGUUUAUCAGAUUCUUCGAUGUCCGCACCUGGGAUUCUGAAGUUUUUUAUGGAUGCGGAUUUCUAUAAAAAUGUUUCAGUUGCCUAUCGAAUUCUCUUAACCGUACAUGUGACGGUAGCUUCAGCUGAAAGAAGUUUCUCAAAAUUAAAGUUGUUGAAGAACUAUUUGAGAUCAACUAAGUCGCAAGAAAGGUUAAAUGGCUUGACUAUGUGCUUAAUCAAGAAGGAUAUCUUGGACACUAUUGAUCUUAAUACCGUUCUUGAUGAUUUUGCAUCAAGAAAUGCCCGAAGAAGUAUCUUUUCAUAGGAAGCAAUGGAUAUGAUAGGGUUCUAUUCUUUAUUAAGUUAAUGAAUAAUGAUAUUAGUUCCAAGUUACAAAU